AUGUCCACUGAAACUACUGGGGCCCUGAACAUCUUGGUAACUUGUCUUCACGAUUUCUUUGGGGAUGACGACGUAUUUAUCGCUUGCGGCCCAGAAAAAUUCCGCUACGCCCAGGAUGACUUUUCUCUGGAUGAAAAUGAGUGUCGGGUAAUGAAAGGAAACCCACCUACUACCCCAGGGAGCAAGUCAUCCCCAACCCCACAGAAGAGCUGUGCAAAAAGCCCAGCUCCGUUGCGCCGGAGCAAAUCACCAGCUGAUUCAGGUAACCUUCAGGAUGCAAAUGGAACAUCAAGCAGCCAGCUUUCCACACCGAAAUCAAAGCAAUCCCCGAUCUCCACACCUACCAGUCCAGGAAGCCUCCGUAAGCACAAGGACUUGUACCUGCCUCUUUCCUUGGAUGACUCUGAUUCUCUUGGAGACUCCAUGUAAAGGAAACCCAGUUCCCCGUGUCCGUAGUACGUGCUCUGCUUUAAAUGCAGAGCAGUACUUCUGCCAAAUGGAGCAGAGAGGCCACUGGUGCUCACAAUCCGAGGACACAAAAGUUAUGGUUAUUCUUUCUUCUCUUUCUUGUCUUUUUUUCCUCCUACGAUUCCUCCUCUGGGUCACAAAACCAACACUACCCACUGACAGAGGUAAAGGGAUACCAGCCAUUUACAGAACUUCACAGCAAAAGUAGAACAGCCAUUCCUGGUUGUUUGAAGCCAGAGAUGAAGUAGGGCGUCAUGAUCUUAUGACUUACUAUUCUUUCUCUUUGCACUCUGGUGCCAUGACACCAUGACUGGCUGUCAGUGUAGGAAAGGGAUGAUUUGCUUUUCAAAAUAGCCCAUCAGCAGAUGUGGCAACACUGCCCCUAAACCUCAACUCUUCCCACCAACUCCUUUUCCAAACAGUCAGUUACCAGCAACUCGGCCAAAGCAGGCUUCUUUCCAAUGCCGCCAUGUUAAAUUUAAUACCUUCCUAUUAUUUGAACAUAAUUUAUGCUCACAGCCACCAAGGGCUAAAUCCACGAUGUUAGUCAGGUCAGUAUAUGAGAGCAUCCUCCAAAAAGAGAAAUAAAAAGCUACUUAUGGUAGUUUUGCUGCAAGAUCCUUCAUGCAGGGUCUUUUAACUGCACUGGAUUUUUUUUAAAGAAGUGGCAAUAAAAAAGAAACGGCUUGGUUGAUAUGAGGUUGCGGA